GGCGUGCCUGAUAAAAUUAAAAUGGCGUCCUUGCUGAGGUGUGUAUCUAGACUAACAAGAUUCCAAACUCGUCAUAUCUCUUUGACAGCAGCUCGUAGAGACGAGUAUGACAUCAAGGAUGAUGCUGACUUCAAGAAGAGAGUUCUUGAGAAUAAGAAGCCAGUGGUGGUUGAUUUCCACGCCGUUUGGUGUGGGCCUUGUCGCGACCUGGCACCAAAGCUCAGCAAGAUAGUCAACAGUCGGGACAACAAAGUGGAUUUAGCUAAAGUGAACAUAGACCAUCACCAGGAGCUAGCUGUUAAUUACGGAGUGGCAGCAGUGCCUACUGUUAUGCUCAUGAAAGAUGGGAAAAUGAUAACUUCAUUCCUUGGGCUGAUUUCAGAUAAGGAAAUUGAAGACUUUGUACCAAAAGAAUAAAACACGAAACCGACUAGUGCUAUAUGUACCUGUUCAAUGCAUAACUUAUGUACAGCAAAGUAUUUCACAUUGAUUUCUUUGACGUGCCACUCAAGCUUCUAUGUAUUAAAUAUUAUUUAUUUAUUUAUUAUUAUUAUUAUUAUUAUUAUUAUUUCUUUGACUUUAUUAGAAUAUGUCCUGGGUCUAAUUGACACUUUUUCUUUAUCGUA